UGGUCAUUGUGAUUCCUGUCACUGUGUGUCGUAAUUCUGUCACUCGCGUGACGUAUUGAAUUUAAUGACUAUUGAGGUAGGUAUAAAACUGUUGAUGAACCUAUCAGUAAAGUAAAUAAUUAUUGUAACUUUAUCAAGUUAGUUACAUCCAGCAUUCGUCGAGAUUAAUUUCUAUUUUUAUUAACAGGUGAACAUGUCUACAAACUCAACACCGAAAGUUCUUUCCAUCCAAAGCCAUGUCGUCCAUGGAUAUGUGGGCAAUAAGAGUGCUGUUUUCCCCCUCCAAGUUUUAGGUUUCGAGGUUGAUGCCAUUAACACAGUCCAGUUUUCUACACACACUGCCUACAAGCACAUCAAAGGACCAAUUCUCAAUAAUCAAGACUUAGAGGAACUUAUUGAAGGGUUGAGAUUGAAUGAUGUUGAUUAUUAUACUCAUUUUUUGACUGGAUAUUCAAGAUCUCCAGACUCAUUGAAACAAAUUGCUCAAAUAAUCAAAAAAUUAAGACACAAAAACCCUAAUUUGAUCUAUGUGUGUGAUCCAGUGAUGGGGGAUAACGGGAAGAUGUAUGUACCUGAGGACAUCUUGCCUGUGUACAGAGACGUGGUCGUACCACUGGCAGAUAUACUAACCCCGAAUCAGUUCGAAGCAGAACUAAUAACUGGACUUAAAAUGAAGGACCUGGCUGGGGCGCUUAGAGUUAUAGACGCUUUACACGAUAGAGGAGUAAAGACAGUAGUUCUUAGCAGUACUGACUUAGGGAAUGGAGAGAAUAUAGUUGGUAUUGCCAGUAAUAAAGAUUCGUGUUACAAAAUCGAAAUGGCGAAACUGAAUGCCAAUUUCACGGGCACUGGUGACCUUUUUGCUGCGCUCUUUCUGGCGUGGUUUCAUAAAACCAAUAAAAAUUUGAAACUUACACUUGAGAAAACAACAGCGACUCUGCAACAUAUUGUGAAGGACACCUAUGAUAAAGCUAGAGCUAUUCAUGCGUCCGGAAAGAUCCCGCCAGCACUAAUAGAACUAAGACUUAUACAAAACAAAAUAACCAUCGAAGAUCCCAAAAUCACUGUCGAGUCUACAAAAAUAAGGGGUUAAAUAAUUAAGCUAUAUAACUUUUGUUAUGAGACAAUAAUAUUAGUACAACGUUAUUUAGCUAUUAUUGUAAUACAAAUUAUAUUUGAAAUUAUGAAAUCUUAUUUAUAAAAAUGUUAUAUUGAGUUAGAAAUUAGCACUAUAAAGUUCAGUUAAGUAACGUUUAUAUUCUACGGAGUGGACUGGAGCGGAUGAGUGUAAGAACUGACCAUUCGUAUUCAAAAUCUCUUAAUAAUCUGGUUUGUCGUUUACAUCAAACCCGUAUAGUUUUGUCGAUGCCAUUAUAUAUGUAUCUUCUUUAUAUUAUAUACAGUGUCCGUAUGUUGUUUACGCAAAACUCCAAAAGCAAUUGAAGGAUUCGUUGAAAUUUUUACACGAUAUUCAUUGCAUUUCUAAAUGUGUUUUAAACUUUUCUUUUUCUCACGGAGACGGUAACUAAUAUAGAAAAGAGCUUAAAGAAAGAGUGUCUUUUUUGAGUUUACUUUUUUUACUUUUAUGCUAAAAAUAUGUACCGACUAUCUAAAAAUUGUAAUUGACAAAUAAGAGAUUAUUCUAUUUCUGGAACCUUAUUCUCUAUUUAACUGUAAUAUUUACUACUUCUUCAUAAAAGGCCUGUAAAUUUCUACGAUUCAAAAUAUAAUUGGGAGCGUGAAACAUUUCGAACGUAGGUCACAGAUAAAAUCAGGGUGUGAAAACUCCGCUUCAGUUUAAAUACUCCAAUAAGCUGCAUCGCUCAUUAAACAAAACCCAAAAUGUGAAUCAAGCUAAUACAAAAACAAGGUGCCUAACCCGCGUGCAAUAUUACGACCAAUCACAAACGCUCCUCUAUGAGAAGUCCUGUGAUUGGUCGCAAGUAGAACAC